AUGUACGGCGGAACAGAGUCGGCAGAAAGGGAACAGGGGGAGGCGUGGUGUGAGCGGAGCGUGGAAGAUGAGCGGAACGUUCGCGGAGCGGCGCUGUCAGGCGCUCUCAGGUCUCCGCAAGCGACCACGUCCCCCAUUUCCGCUUCCCCCAACGACGGAAUUUCUUCCGCAAGCGCAUCCUUUCCCCCGCAAUCCCCAUCCCCGCAAUGCCCGUCCCCGCAAUGCCCGUCCCCGCGCCUUCCCCCCCAGCGGCCCCGUCGGAGCGGCUCUAACGUGGACCAAUUAUUAAGGGCGUCCUUAGAAGACCUCCAGGCCGACUCGCGGAAUUGCAGGAGCCUCUGCAACUCCAAUAGUAGUUCUCCAAGUGUCAGCCGCUGUAACAGCGUCGACGCUACUAACGACGGCCCCUUCGGUACUACCGGGGAGGCUACAAACGGGGAUGGAGCAGCCGCUGCUGCUGCUCGAGGAAGGUCCAGGCUCGGCCCGAGCCGGCAAGGCAGCCUCGUCUCAGGCUCCGCCGCCUCCGCAGCCGCCGCCGCCGUUGGCGCUGGGGCUGGCGCCCCGGCGGGAGUCGCGCGGGUUUCCGGCGCUCCGCAGCCCGUCGCGCUAAGCGCCGCAGCCGCGCGCAAGUCGCUCCAGAACUUGCGGAAGAACCCCGCGGCCGGCGGAGGAGGCGGAGUGGCAGGGCCGGAUUUCUCGUCCUCCGCGCCGGCCGGCGCCCUUGCCGGCCCGCGAUUGGCGGCGGGGCAACAGGCGCCGCCAGCUGCGCGGGGCGGAAAGGGCACGGUGGCGCGCACACAGUCGUUGGAUUGCUCGAGCGGUGCGCAUUUGGGGAAGAUGGUACUUAAAUCCCGCGCCGCGUCGGUCGAUAUGGCAGGCGUGGCCGCACAAGCCGCCGCAGCAGUAGGGGCAGCAGCAGCGGGAACAGCGGCGGCGACGGCGGCCGGAGCGGGGGGAGCGGCGGGAGGGCCUCCGGUGGGAGGGAAGGUCCCCAAGUCCUUCUCCGCAACUGGCGCCGCGUCUUUCGGCGGAAAAGCCUCUCCGCCCGUGGCACGGGUCGCUCGCUCCCUCUCCUCCCUCUCCGGCGAGCUCGCCGCUUCGUCCGCUGCUUCUGGCGGAAAUAGCGGGAUUGGUUCCAUCGCCGCCGCGGCCGCCGCGACUGCCGCGCUAGACGACGAAGUCUGCAGUGUGGAGGAGAUCCGAUCCGCGUUUUACAAAGCCAAGGGUGGCGGAAAGGGGAUUUUAGGGCUUGCGAUGCGCGGACUGUCGCAACUGUCGGGGAUGUUGGGAGGAGGGGGCGGCUUGACGGAAAACGUUCUUGGAAGGGAGUUUUCCGCGAUUGAGAAGAAAUACUUCGUCAUGAUGGAUCAGGAACUUGGGGCGGGCCAGUUUGGCGUGACGCGGAUGGCCAAGUGCAGACAAACGGGGAAGCAGUUUGCGUGCAAGUCAAUCUGCAAGGCAAAUCUCAAGAGCAAAUCAGACUUGGAAGAUAUCAGAAGAGAGGUUUCGAUGCUCGAGACCUUAAGGCCCAACCCUAACAUUGCGCGGCUAGAAGAAGUGUUUGAAGAUGAGGAGGGUGUUCACUUGGUGAUGGAGCUAUGUGUUGGAGGAGAGCUCUUUGACAAAAUCAAGGAGAAGAAGCGAUACGAGGAGAGAGAAGCCGUUCCAGUCAUGCGAACCAUCCUCGACGUGCUCGCAUUCUGCCACAUGCGCGGCAUCGUGCAUCGCGACAUCAAGCCCGAAAACGUCCUCCUUACAAGCCCCGACUCGAUAACGGAAUGCAAGCUCAUCGACUUUGGCGUGGCUACUGUGGUCAAGCCGGGUGCAAAGCCUCUAUGUGACUUUGUCGGAUCGCCGUUUUACGUCGCGCCGGAGGUGAUAGAAGGGAGCUAUGGGAUUCCGGCAGAUGUGUGGUCAGCCGGGGUCGUACUCUAUGUGUUGAUCUCAGGUGUUCCCCCUUUUUGGGCGCGCACUGAUGCUGGGAUAAUGAAAGCGAUUAAAGAGGCAAAGCCGUGCUUCAAAGGGGAGGCGUGGCGUGAUGUAUCGUUGGAGGGAGUGGACCUCAUAAGGAGGAUGUUGACACGGGAUCCAAAGAAGCGACUAACAGCUCGAGCUGCUCUUG